CUCUCUCAGUCGGAAGCCCCUUUAAAAUGGCCUGAAGGCGCCUUUUCUCUCACUCACUUGAACACUGCACGGUUCCUGCGCUCUAAACUCUGUAUAUUUCUAUUACACCGCGUUCAUCUCACAAGAAAGAGAAGAUGAGCGAGACUGCUAAGGACAAGGGCGCCGUCGCUACUAAAGAGAAGGGCGGAGCAGAGAAGAGAGGCAGAGGGAGACCUCGAAAGAACCCACAGCAGCAGGAGCCCAGCGGUUCCCCGAUGCCGAAGAGGCCCAGAGGACGACCAAAGGGAAGCAAAAACAAGGCAAGCUUCGCUGCAUCGAAAGGCAAAAAAGCAGCUGCUGCGACAGCAUCUGCUGGGGGAAAACGCAGAGGAAGACCCAAGAAAGCAGAGAAAGAAGAGCAGCCAUCAAAGUCUUCUGAGGAAGAGGAGGAGGAAGAGGAAGAGGAGGAAGAAGAGGAACAGUAGAUCAGCAACUCGGCGCUACCUCAUACCUCUAUCUCAUCACUUCCCUUUUGGAAAAAAAAACAAACAAAAAGAAACAGAGCUGGACUUUUUUGCAACAUUGCAAAAAAAAAAGACACAGAACCCCCCCAGCCCCCCACCCUCGCAAACGGACUCUCAAAUACUGUACGUGUGUGUGUGUGUGUGUGUGUGUGUGUGUACAUGCAUGCAUUCUUGCUUGCAUGUCGAACACAAACACUCUGUGUAUCUGCUCUCCGGUCACGUGUCAUUAUACUGGACAAAGAUUUCCUCUGAUGCAGGUUUCAGAUCAUUGUUUUGAUUCUGGUUUUUUUUUUUGUUUUUGUUUUUUUCUCGUUGCUUUUAACACAAACAUUCAGAUGUUCACAUGCACUCUGGACAAAGGUGAAUCAACCUACUUUUAUUUUGUGUGUGUGUGUGUGUGUGUGUGUGUGAUGGGAGAGGUCAGGACAUCCAGGAAUUUAUUAUUUUUUUUUUUUGGUUUCCUUUUUUCCUGGUUUUCUUCUUUUCAGUACAGUGGUGGAAAGGGCUUUGUGUGUGUGUGUGUGUGUGUGUGAGAGACGCCAAUUCAUCCAUUCUUUAUCUCUGCUCGAGACGGCGGAUGCUUUUAAACUUUUACUCCUCACUCAUUUCGUUUUUCAGAAAGAUUUUAAAUUUUUGCAAAGGAAUAAAAGUGGGCGGAGUUAGACAGUGCUUCAUGAGCACGGUUGGAUGGAUUUUUUUUCUUCUUUGUCGUUUUGAGAACCGUAUCUUUUUAGAAAAACAAUAAAGUAAGGAUAUGGAGCUAAAAUUGAUCUCUCCCUCUCUUUCCCUUUCCCUAACAACCACCACCCCCUGCCCACCCACCCCAUGCCCCCAAUAUAUUCCCACUUAUCCUUCAUCAUUCAGGUCACUAAACAUGCAACAACGCACAUUCAAUCCUGUUCAAUCCCAACAAAUCGCAUUCUCAAGACAACAGGACUAGACUUAAUGUUUUUAUUUUUUAUUUUUUAUUUUUUUUAUUUUAUUUAAUUAAAGUCAAUAAACAUUUAAUAUUCAUUACUAGCUCUCAGAACUAGCUCCCUUUGUUCUCCACAGGAGGGCGCUGCUCACUAACUGUACAAUCUGCUUUCUCAUUUCCAUUAAAAAAUGUUUUUUUUUUGUUUUUUUUUACACAAAACCGAGUCAGGGAAUGCCGAUUGGUCCAGAACUUUAAUGCUGCUACGAACACGGUUAAUAAAAGAAAAAAGAAUAAAAAAAAAAAAAGUAAACAAACAAAAAAAACCCGGAAUACUGCAACGUCACACUCAUACCUCACUCUGUGUCAGUUUAGGACAGCUUAAUGUUUAAAAAAAAAUAAUAAUAAAAAAAAAAUAAAAAAUGUACAAAAAAAAAAAAAAAGUGCAGCUUCUGUUUGGCAAGUGUGUGAGCAAACUGUGUGUGGUUUUUUUUUUUUUUUUUUUUUCUUCAAAAUUUCUUUUUUUUUGCUGUUCAGUUUGUCUUUGAGUUAGUUGUGUGUGUGUGUGUGUGUGUGUGUGUGUGUGUGUGUGUGUGUGUGUAACAGUAGGACUUCAGAGGCUUUUAGAGAACUCUUUCAUAACGGCGUGCACUUAAGUGCACAUCGUGGAACGUUUUUUUCCCCCUUCAUACGUGAGACUGUAGAGGCCCAACAGGAUCGACUGUGUUGGGACAGAAAAAGAAAAUAUUGUCAGCUUUUUCUUAAAUGUUCACCCUGUGUGUGUGUGUGUGUGUGGGGAUAGUUUUGUUUUGGUGCAACUAAUAAGUGAUUUUGUUCAUCAAAUUAUACACAUUUAAUUGGAAUUGUGGAAAAGUUUAACGUUUAACUGUCGGUCAGAUUAAGAUGAAGAUUUAAUUAAUUUGUUUUCAGCAGAUCGCGAACAUCCUGCUUUAACCUCAACUUUCACCUCGGUUCCACUUCCUCAUUUACACUUUUGGUACUUUGCUGUUAAAAAUACUUUGUGUGUGUGUGUGUGUGUGUGUGUGUGUGUGUACGCCUGCACAGAGAACUGGUUUGGGAUCAGUCUUACAAUAUACAAACUCUCUCUUCUUCUUUUUUAUUUUUGGAGGCCUGCAAGUAUUUGUAUUCAGACUGGUAAUAAAAUGAAUGAUUCCUA